AUGCAGGCAUUUCUAAAAGGCGCAUCUAUCAGCACUAAACCACCGUCGACUAAGGAUCGAGGGGUAACUGCCACUGCCAGAAGUAGUGGAGAGAACAAGAAAGCCAAACCUGUUCCGUGGGUGGAAAAAUAUCGCCCAAAAUGUGUGGAUGAAGUUGCUUUCCAGGAAGAAGUGGUUGCAGUCCUUAAAAAGUCUUUAGAAGGAGCUGAUCUCCCUAAUCUCUUGUUUUAUGGGCCACCUGGAACUGGAAAAACAUCAACUAUUUUGGCAGCAGCUAGGGAACUCUUUGGGCCUGAACUUUUUCGAUUAAGAGUUCUUGAGUUAAAUGCAUCUGAUGAACGUGGAAUACAAGUAGUUAGAGAGAAAGUUAAGAAUUUUGCCCAAUUGACUGUGUCAGGAAGCCGUUCAGAUGGAAAGCCAUGUCCUCCUUUUAAAAUUGUGAUUCUGGAUGAAGCAGAUUCUAUGACCUCAGCUGCCCAGGCAGCUUUAAGACGUACCAUGGAGAAAGAGUCUAAAACCACCAGAUUCUGUCUCAUCUGUAACUAUGUCAGCCGAAUAAUUGAACCUCUGACCUCUAGAUGUUCUAAAUUCCGCUUUAAACCUCUGUCAGAUAAAAUUCAGCAGCAGCGGUUACUAGACAUCGCUGAUAAAGAACAUGUCAAAAUUAGCAAAGAGGGAAUAGCUUAUCUUGUUCAAGUGUCAGAAGGAGACUUAAGAAAAGCCAUUACAUUUCUUCAAAGUGCUACUCGACUAACAGGUGGAAAGGAAGUCACAGAAAAAGUGAUCACAGAUAUUGCUGGGGUAGUACCAGCUAAGACAAUUGAUGGAGUAUUUGCUGCCUGUCAGAGUGGCUCUUUCGACAAACUAGAAGCUGUGGUAAAGGACUUAAUAGAUGAGGGUCAUGCAGCAACUCAACUUGUAAAUCAACUCCAUGAUGUGGUGGUAGAAAAUGAUAACCUUUCUGAUAAACAGAAGUCUGUUAUUACAGAAAAACUUGCUGAAGUUGAUAAAUGCUUAGCAGACGGCGCUGAUGAACAUCUGCAGCUGAUCAGCCUCUGUGCUACUGUGAUGCAGCAGUUAACUCAGAACUGCUAA